AUGGCACCAAAACGAAAGGUUGAGAAAGCUGCAGAGACGACGGCGAAGUCGGCAAGGGUGACUCGCUCCGCCACGAGACUUACUCGUUCCGGUGCCAGGAGUUCUUCAGUGGCUAACUUUAUUGAGUUGCCUAACACUAAUAGGAAAUCACCGGUUAAGGCGAAGAAAGCUGAGGUUAAAGGGAAGGGCAAAGGGAAAGCGAAGGAAGAAGGUGAAGGCUCUGGAGCUGUUAAAGAAGAGACUGCCAAGACUGUUGUCGUUGAGCAUUGUAAGCAAUGCAACUCUUUCAAGACAAGAGCUAUUCAGGUGAAGGAAGCUCUGGAGAGUAGCGAUUGUGGUGUUGCUGUGAAGCUGAACCCUGAGCCGCCAAGAAGAGGUUGUUUUGAAAUACGCCUGCAAGAUGGUGACAAGUCUUUCAUCAGCCUUUUGAACAUGAAACGUCCAUUCCAGCCGAUGAAAGAUCUUGACAUGGGCAAGGUCAUCUCAGAUAUCAUUGAUGAUUUAUCGAAUGCUAGUUGA